UCAACGGAGGAUGUCUGUGGCGCAGCGCAGAGAAAUUGUCUAAACCUAUUCAAGAUACCUGUAGGAACUGUAAAAGUGUUGUUGUCGCAUCGGUGUAAAGAUCUCAUCUUUUUUUUGUUAUAAGCAAUUGGAACAGAUAUAACAUUUACACACAUUCCCAUACAACAUCACCGUGCGCUGAUGGACAAUUACGCGCAGAAGUUGCGGUGCGUAAUCAUGAUAAUCAUUGCGGAUGGCUGUGUUUCAUGUUCUUGGAUUAUGCGUACAAGCUUGUUAUGAUACCUGGUCAUCGCCUUUCCUUCGUCUACAGUGGAGAAGAAAAGUAACAAAGGGACGCACAUGAUGAGAAGCGCGGGGUUGUUGCUUGGCUACUUUUUGGUGAAAGUUCUUGUAUGCGACGCGGAGGGGGAGCCAGGGCAGAAGCUAGACGGCUUUAUUAUGGUACAAACGGGUACCAACGAGUCAAAAUUGAACGGAAAGAAUAGCGUUUCGGAGAGUCCGCAUACAGAGGACAGGUGCCGGGGUUAUUACGAUGUGAUGGGCCAGUGGGAUCCGCCGUUUGUGUGCCAGACGGGCAGUUACCUGUACUGCUGCGGGACCUGUGGCUUCAGAUUCUGCUGUGAGUUUACAAGCUCGCGGCUGGACCAGACCACCUGCAAAAACUAUGACACCCCGCCUUGGAUGAUGACAGGCAGACCCCCGCCUAAGAAAAAAGACCCCACUCACGACCCCACAAAGGAUAAAACAAACUUAAUUGUGUAUAUAAUAUGUGGAGUUGUUGCCAUAAUGGCCCUCGUUGGGAUUUUCACAAAACUUGGACUUGAAAAGGCGCACCGUCCACACAGAGAAAACAUGUCAAGGGCUCUAGCCCAGGUGAUGCGCCAGCCUGGUCCAGGAGAACACUCAGAAGACAUUGGAGUGCAUGGACAGCACUAUGACAACAUGCAAGCCAACAGGGUACCUGCGAACAGUCUCCAGGCUAACCAGAUGAACAGUGUGGGUCCAGGAUCAUCACUAAUGCCAGGCUUAGGGUCUCCUCCCCACCCCUACCCUUCCCUGGGACAGAUCACUAGCCCCUAUGAGCAACAGCAACCUGGGAAAGAGCUCAAUAAGUAUGCCUCCCUCAAGGCUGUCGCGGAGAAGGUUAAUGACAACUUCUACACCAACCGGCGGCACAUGGUAGAGAUGGCAGCCAAGGGCAGUCUCCCUAUGCACCCGAUGCAUCGCAUAGAGCAGGAGCCCAGCAACCCCUACAGCCCUCCCUUACAGCCUUCCCUAAAGCAGAACGGACACAAGUCCAAAAGCACCAAGGGCCACAGCAGCCACAGCAGCAGCUCCCACACCCUGGCCUAUGGCUCCAAUACAAUCACUAACCCGGGGAUGCAGAAGAACUGGGACGGCUCAGAGACGGUGGGCCGCCGGCAGAGCCACGGCACUAAGAAACACUGCACCAUAGAGCAGGUGAACGAGAUGCACAGCACCUCGCGCAGCCAGCACUACAUGCCUCCGCAGCCCUACUUUGUCAGCAACAGCAAGACAGAAGUGACUGUCUGAUCUGAGAACCCACCCCACCACCAUAACCACUAUAACCCCAGCUGUAAGAAAGAGAGAUCGAGAGAGAGAGCGAGAGAGAGAGAGAGAGAGAGAGAGAGAGAGAGAGAGAGAGAGAGAGAGAGAGAGAGAGAGAGAGGCUGAAGUAGGACAGCAGUCAAUGAUUGAGUGCACCUCUCUAUGGGUGCUGUGUGUCUACUAAUGCGUGUGGCUGACUGUGCAUGUGACAGGCAUGUGUGGGACUCCUGCCAGUCGGAGGAGAGUGACCGGAACAACAUACUCCAAAUCUCCAAGUUUUCGGUCAUCACUGUAUUGAUGAUUAUAUUGCAACUAAUACAAACAAAUCAUAUACUGCAAGUCAGACUAACAUCAGUGAGCAGAGCAUAGUAAUGAUUGACCUCCGAUGGACAGAUUAGCCAGGAUGAGUCUGGAGCCAUGCAGCGGUGGAAGAGACUGGAACUGGACAAAAGCCCAGUGGCAUUAGACUUUUCCUAUUGUCAGUAUAAACUGAGAUCUCAAAGGGCCUGAAAAUGUGUAUCAUCUCAUGUAGUUUCCACUGACUCCGCCUUGGAUAAGCCAGUGGGUUUGAACUAGACGCAGUGGAGCAGAUGAGUGGAGCAGCCGAUAGUAAAGGGAUACAUUGUUCUCCUCAACAUUGAUUGACAUUUCCUCAGAUGUUGUGUAGUGUAUAUACUGUGCGGGGACUUGUUGGUAAUGCUCAAGCUCGGGAACCUCAGGCUCAUGAUUACAUCUAUAGGGAAACAGUAACCAUUUCAGAUAUGGACUGUAUAUUCUCCUUCAGAAACUACAGAGCAUGAGGUGGAUGAGACUGCACCAAACCAGUUCUGUAGCCACAACGUUACACACACCCUACUCUGCUCUCUCUGGUGUUAGGGCUGUGCCUUUCUCUGAGGAAACUAUGAAAUACUGUUCAAAUCAAAGAGCUCGUCUUAUAAACCACUGCAUAAGUUGUGGAAUUUAUUUAAAUGUCUUCAUCUUGCAAACAGGUCCACAGCUGUCAGUUGAAAACGGUGAGUUGCAUCUAUCACUUAAACAUUCUUUAUUUCUGUUUCCAUUCGACAAUGCAUUGUGUGUGUGUUUACCUUGGUACCUUAGAACAAUGAUAGAGAAAACACAGAAGGAAUUGUGUCCUUUCCAUACAUGCAACAUCACUGCCAAUAAAUGAGUGAAUAUAUUGCCUAUAAUUCCAAAAUUGAUUAGUAUGGGAUUAAUAUUGUGCAGUGGUACCUGUUUCUCACCCACCUCCAUCAAUACUACCAAAUCUUUACAUGGCCUAGAGCCAGGCCCCAAGCUCAGACUGUUGUGGCAGUAGAAAACUACUGAGGGCUCCUUUACGGCUACCCAGAGAGUUGAUAAAGGGUUGUGGAUGUUCCUGAAACAGCCAUGAAAGGUAAAGCCUGGGUAAAUAGAGUGGAUGGAUUUCAUUUAGUAUAAGAUCAACCCCUGGAUUAAGACAGACAAGGUCCUCUGAAAUCACCAUGAGUUGAUGUCAUUGCAUGCACAAAUCAAACUUUAACUAUAUGUAAAAUAGAAAUUGCAAUACAUUAUGUACUAAUUAUUGACUAAAAAAAGUAUUAUUUGUUUCUUAUUUUUCUUAUUAUUAUUUAAAAAAGAAAAUCUAAAUUUUCAUCAACUUUAUAAGAUAUACACAUAAAAAUAAAAUGUGUUCAUUUUGAAUAUCGGGAGUAGCCUACUAAAACAUCUGAGAGUACGCAUGUACAAACACACAGGUCAAGAUGUGCCUGUCUUUUCCAUUGGGCUCGUUGUGCGUCAUCAGAUGAAAAAUAGUACAUUUUUCUCCCAACACUCCAUUCUUGGGAGCCCACACGAGCAACACAGUGCAUUAGCAUGCCACACUUACCAAAAAAAAGCGUUUUAAAUAAAGGGCUUCUGAUGCAAUUUGCCAUGUGUUGCGUUUGUCACUGCCCACUGAUUCAAGAGCAGCCCACACUUUGUCUGUAUGUCUUAAUCAUGUCUCUCAACUUUCCAUGGCUUUCCACUGUCCAUUUGUCUGUCUACUAGUGACAAAGUGGCUCUAAUGGCUGGAGGAGUGACAGCCAGCAGCUUGACGCUCAUUCUCUUACUCACCACAUGAGAUCUGGUCAGAAUAGACAUGAGUCACAAUCCCUGCUCUUAGAAUUUUGGAAAGCAUUAGAGGUGGACAAAAAGUGUUUAUUUUGUGGUUGGUAUAGUAUGAAAAAACACAAGUCGACAUUUUUGGAUUAGACUAAGGGAACAAUCCUCAAUACUGAUUUGCUAAGGCCUACUAUACAAUACUGAUUUGCUAAGGCCUACUAUACAAUACUGAUUUGCUAAGGCCUACUAUACAAUAAGUGCUUGUAUUUUUAACCACAUUUGAACCAGAUAUGUAUUGUAUAGUCAGGCACACAACUAUAUGUUUUGAGUGUGUUAUCACAUUGUCAGUGAAACGUAAUGCACCAAUACUAUAGAUUGCUGCUAUAUGCUAACAACCAAGGCACCAUCUCCCAUUUCUCAUAAUGAAUAUGUUCAAACCUUUAUUUUGCUGUUGCUUGACGUAACUCACAGUCACACAAACUGCAACACGUUGUAUUGUUGUUUCAUCACACAAGCCACUUGUAUGGAGAAUUGUCUAGACUAGACUCGUCAUAUGUGCCGUUUUUGGCAUAUAUGCAACGCAUAUCAGUUCAACAUUUGCACCAAUAAGACAGAAGACUUCAGAAUACCAAAUGUGUGUGAAGUGAUGCAAAAAAAAGGUACACAUGUAUGUAUUUGGGUAUGACAUUUGUCUAUACAAAACAAUGUCCGACAAUAAAAAUGGCAAGGAAAAGUACUGCAAAUUUGCAUUGACUGCAAAAGGGCUGAUUCUUUAGGUCAUAAAUAUAGAGACAUAUUUAGUAUGGCUGUCCAGUACAUAGUUAAGGUGAUGUUUUGGUAGGGCCAUAGAAUAAGUCUGUGCCUUGUGUCCAAAUUAAAUGUGCACCUGAUUUAAUUGUCCAAAUACUGACUGGUCUAUGAACAUAUUGAUGCAUAAUAUUAUACUGUAUAGCAUGAUAUGAAAUCACUGUUCCACUUCAGAGGACCCUCUCAAUAACAAUAUCAUAUCCAACAAGAGUUCAUUUUUUAAAACUAUAAUCACCAGAUAAUGUGUCUGGUUUCUCAGUGUUAAAACAUGUGCAGAAGUCCACAGCUCCAUUGAUUGUAGAUAGAGUGCACCUAUUAUACUGUAUGCAUCCACAGUGCAUUGAAGAUAUUUUGUCAUAAUUUUAGUCAUGGAGGGAACCUACAGUAACACUUGUAUGUGUAGUAGUGAAGUAUAACUCCCUCACUCAAAUAGCUUCCAGUGAUAUAAUAGCAUAAAACAUGUACAUGACGUGUAGAUUGACGUUCUAGCUGACUGGUCAUCAUGGUCUGUAAUGGCAUACUGUAAAGUAAUAACACAAUGGCCAUUGACUCUAAAUCAUGUCCUAUGAAAUUAUGUAACUAUUUCCAUUCAAACUUUGCUCAUUUCUCAAUCUAAAUAAAAAACAUUAUUUACCUAAUCUGCAUUGAACUAAAUUGUGCCCCUGGCUGAGGCUGAAUUGCAUUCAUGAUGCAGCUAGUGGUCUUGGUUCCACCCUUUAGGAGUGGGAAGGCGAUGGUGCUCUUUGUCAGUGGAUCAUGUUAUUCGUGAAGCACAACUUAUUUUGUAUUCUAACAAAAUGAAAUAUUACUUGUCAUAAAUGUAUGUGCAAGUUGGGAAGAGGAAACUGCAUUGUAUUCUACACAUCUAAAAUCAUAUUUACAAUAAAUCUGUUUCUUCUCAAGA